ACGAGAUCUGUCAAAACAACCACCACGCGAGCGAAGCAAAUCCGAGCUAUUGGUAGUCUUGUCAGCAUAAAUCACUUGCCACCUCCUUAAGUACUUCACAUCUGCUCCUUGUUUUUCGCCAUCGCCAUCAAGUUCAGCUAGUUCAUGCUUGAUAACGAGGAAUAUUCUCAUGGACGUCGAAGAAGCGUCGACGUCGGCGGUUUGGCGCUUGCACUCGAAAACCAAGGCCUGGGUCAUGGGUGGGGUGGAUGGGAAGAGGAUGAGCAAGGAGAGACUCGCUACGCUGAACUACUUAGCGAUAUGUACAACCACACCCACACGACCGUCAGUCACCAUGUGCAUGAUAUCUCUCCAAUCGUGAUACCGGCCCACACGCGAGCGCACCUAAUCAACUCUCUUGAUAGUUGGCAUUUCGAGCCGCAGAAUCUACCUGAGGAAGAAGUCCUAUUCUGCGCUCAAAUCUUGUUCGAAAGCCUUUUCCGAAUCGAGCACAUGCGAGAGGAUAUAGGCGUCUCUCUUGAUGAUAUCUCCGUUUUCUUGAAACACCUGCAGCCCCUAUACUGCGGACAUAACAGUUAUCAUAAUUUUCAGCAUGCCGUAGAUGUAAUGCAGGCCUCUCAGGCCUUCCUGUGUGCUGCAGGUGUCGUACCUCCUGUGUCUAUAUUACCAAACAAACUGGGGAAGGAAGGACGCCUCGCAUUUGAUCUCAACAACACAUGUCUGUUUGCUCUGUUCAUUGUCGCCAUCGGCCAUGAUGUGGGUCAUCCCGGGUUGACGAACAUGUUCAUGAAAAAUGCGAAGGCGCCAUUGUCUGAUGUGUAUGAUAACAAGUCAGCUCUUGAACAGAUGCACUGCACCCUCCUCAUACAAACAAUGCGGCACCAUGGCCUUGGGAAACUCUUGGAUCGGCCAGACUCCGCUACGGAUAUGAGCGUCCACUAUCAAUUCAUAAGAGAUUUUCAAUCGCUUGUGGACGGUAGAGAAUUUUCUUUGGAUCGGCGCCGAUUAUUGCUUUGCCAGGCAAUAAUAAAGUGUGCGGAUAUCAGCAAUCCUAGUCGGCCCCCCGGUGUCUCGCAUUACUGGGCAAAUGCCUUGAUGGCUGAAUGGACCUAUCAAGCAUCGCUAGAGAAGCGCUGGAGUUUACCGCCAUCCGUCACGCCUUCUGAAUGCCCACUGGACCAAGUACGAGGACAGAUAUUUUUUAUUGGUUCAUACGCCAAGCCACUCAUGGACCUUGUUGCACAAGCUGUUCCUGAAAUGGAAAUAUUCGCUUGUCAGUGCACUACAAAUUUAGCCAUGUGGGUGACCCGUAAAGAAGAACUAUCCUCCUCAUCUGCGGGUCAUUCCCUAUACCCUCCUGUAAUCACACCAUCCCUCCGUCCUCCUGAAGAUUUCCUCGCUUCUUUCCCCCUCACUCUCCCCGCAUUCGUUCUUACAGCUGACGAGCCCCAUUCCUCCCGCGAAUGGCAUUCUACAUAUCCGCCUUCAGAUUCGUCAUCGUCAUCGGAUUUCGGUUCUGAUGUUCACGUCGACCCUUUAGUUAUAUUCCCAUCCCUUUCACCCCCUGCGUCUCCUGUGCCAUCCGUAUGCUCGUCUUCCGCCCUGGCUACGCGUAGUUCGUCAUCAAGUCUCGCAAGUAAUACUAGCGAUGCUACACAAGCGAUGCGAGCCGCUUAUUCGGCGAGUGUGCGGAAGAAGAAAAGUUUCCAUCACCGGUACUCUUGGAAUGUAACCAUAAGCUCUGGAUCAUCGCCGAAUAUCUCAACUCUCCCACCAGCCACCAUUCCCAAAGCUGCACUAUUGCUAACGGAGUCCGCUGUAUCAAACGGAACUACAGUUUCGUCAAUGACUGCCGUGGUACCAUCCCCCGUAGGUGGUGAGAACAACGCGGGGCUGAAGGUGCCAUAAUCUCCUAUAGGGGUGCCACAUGGUCCAUGCGACCUCAACUAUCGGCACUACAUUUUGCGCAAUGCAUUUGACAUGCGACAAUGACAUGACUCGUGUCGGGUGGAUACUGCCCGGACUCGCCUUGAUUCGCGUCAUCAUUCUUGGGCUAUCGAGCAAUUGCCGAUAAGGGGGAGAUAGACAGGUGUCAAUUGUGUUAAAUCACUUAAUUCACCUACGCUUUAUCAAGUUUGGGUCUGUUCGUUUGCAUUCGAUCUUCUAUUUCAUUUUUGUUGUUUGGCUUACCAGGCCCAGCCGCCUUGAUUAAUAUACUGGCGGCUUAUACUAUACCAUGAGGCCAUAGCAAAUGUCCACAAUGUACGAUAUUGUUUGUCGUAAACUACUGUGAAUGAAGAGCGGGAAAGGUGUCGGGCUCAAGAUAUUUUAGACUCUCG